AUGACAUCUAGCGUUGCCCUCGCCAUGGCCAUGGGUGCUGAGACUCUCCCGAACUACGUCCCAGCCCAAGCUCACGAUGCUACGCAUGGAGCAAGCAAUGGCCGGGCGAGAUUGGUUUGUGUGCGUUGCCACAAUAAGAAGAUUCGGUGCGAUAUCCGGCGCGUUGACCAUGAAGGAUAUGAAAUAAUACAGCCGUGCAAGCAUUGCGAGAGAGCAGGGUCGGAGUGCCUUAUUCGUUCCUCUAGACGAGGUACUGCGAAGCGGAAAGCUCGAUGUCCUCGCGGUGUCCCAAGUCACCCCAAUGACGGGAAUCCCGAAGUCGUAGUUCAUGCUACCUGCACCUCAAUUGCGGAGCCGGAUGAAACCUUGCAGACUUUCAACUCCAACCUCAUCUUCUCGCCACCGCAGCCCUUGCCCAACGGCGUCACUUAUCACAAUGAUUCUCUCCUGUCUCGACGCACCUAUCCGGAACAGGAUCAGAAUGAGUACGGGGCCUCCGAUCCAGGUAAUCUUGGAAGCAAAGACAAAUCCCCUUCAGCACGCCUUGAAAAAUCGGCGGUCCCACCUGGCCGGGAGCUCGAUAGCCCCCAACAACAUCACCCACCAAGUUACAUUGGCGACUCUGGAUAUAUGCCAAUCUUCAGUCACGAAAUCGAAAGCAGGGUGGCUCCAUCACCUAAACAACAACAGGUUACGGGGAUCCCGAAUGCUGUGGAUUUCAUCCGGCCUGCACUGAAACAAAGCUACCUGGAUACUUACUUUGAGUACGUUGCAGUGUGGUGCCCCGUCAUGCAUAGGGAAACGUUACAGACCCAGCCGGAUGUACUUCGCUCCUCUCUCUUCACCUAUGCCCUCGCUUUAAGUGGCAACCAAAUCAAUCCGCCGCUGGUGGACCAUACAGAUUCGGCUACACUCUACCAUCGUGCCAAGAGUCUCUUCUACGAAAAAUAUGAAGAGAACCCUAUAAUCCGUAUAUCUUCUCUUAUGCUCUUCUACUGGUGGAGUGCUGGUGCUCCCAACGUCGUCAGCAUGGACAAUAAUUGGUGGUGGACUGGCAUCGCAAUCCGCCUGGCUCAAGAAAUUGGCCUGCAUCGUGAACCACAACCUGGACAAAUUAUGCGACAUGGUGAGACUCCAGGCUUGAGGCGAAGGAUUUGGUGGACCUUAUUCGCAAGGGAGAGGAUUACGGCCAUUUCUCAAGGUCGGCCUUGUAUCAUCGAUAUGGACUAUUGUGAUGUUGAAAUGGUGACGGUGGAAGAUUUCCCCUGCCCUGCAGAUCUCAAUGCCCAUAUAUUUGUGUCCUGGGUACAUCUGUGUAAAAUCGUUGGUGAAAUGGGGAAGCUGCUCUGUCAGAAGGCUGGUGGACCUCGCUCCACGAUGUCGGUGGGCAAACAACUGGUCGACUGGGUUCAAUCCUUGCCAAACUCUUUACAGCUUCCUAUCAGUUAUGAUCGCACCUCAGACUUCAAUCGAGAUGUACACGGAAUGCAUCUUACCUAUUUGACACAUAUCACGCUUUUAUACCUGAGCAAAUCUGCACAAUCGCUACCUAAGGCAUCUACAACUGCGAUAAUUGCAGCUUCGUGUGUUGCACGCAUCUUUGAAGAUUAUCUGGUGCGAGGGACACUACGCUUUCUUUCCGGACAGGCGGGAUGGUAUAUCACGAUUGCAAUCCUGGGCCUCCUCCAUGCACGCCGCGUUCAAAUUCUCGCCACCCACGCAGAUAAUGAUAUCCGGACAUUGCGCACGGCACUGAAGCAGCUGGGCAAGUUAUGGCCCUCUGCGCAUAUGUUUGAUCUUGGAUGUGAAACUCUGUUGAGUUCUGAACACAAUCACAAUGGCAUGUCACAUAAUGCAGCGCCAAAUGGAGACUCCGGUCGUUUUGCAGCCGCUUCGACGCUUGCCGACCUUGCUACCGGCGACGGCUUCGAGUGGAUGGGUUAUUUUCCAUAUGUCACUGUGCAUACUACUCCACUCAUUGGAGCAAUUCUUGUGGAUGACAUGGCGAACUCCUUUUCCGAUCUGGAAUGGACGGUGGAUGUUCCCACACAGCUGCAGGAACUUUGCAUGUUGCCGGAAGACUUUAACUCUGAUUCUUUCAACAUUUUGAGUAUGCCGACUCGAAUAUGA